CCGUAUAGUUCAUCAGAAUUUCGUGCCCAAAAGAUAUGCUUCAUCAAUGAAGACGGGUAUUUUCUCCGACACGGGGAUUUAAACGGGCCACUAAAGUUAGCAAGUGAUUUACUCUUCACCAGAGAGGCUGUGGAGAAACAGGAAUAUGUGUGAGCAUCAAGUCUUUAUGACUCAUUUUUUAACCAUAACAAAGGAUUGGUGAAAGGAUUUUGGCCAGCCUGCUCAAGUGCUUGGAAUUUGUUGAGGCUAAACCAUGGACGGGUGGGACAAUAAUAUACAUCAGAAAUAGUAAAUGUAUGCCAUCCUGCGACCGUGGAUUGAACUCUUCAAGAGGAUGCCGCGUUCUUGUUGCACCGGGAACAAUAUUCUGCGGACGGGAGGCGGCCAGUGUUGGAGGGAUUGAGUCAUGAAACUAGGCCUAGACUGCACCCCUCUCAGCACCUGCUCAAUCGCCCGUCCUGGUCCUAGUAUUCAGUUCUAGGUGGCGGCUAGCGGCUGGUUGCGCUGGAGGUUUGUAACCAGGGUAUGGCUGGAGUCCGUUUGAAAGAAAUAUCCCGGACGACCUGCAGUGUAGUCGAAAGCAACAUGCCCAAUACGCGAUCUCAGACCUUGGUGUACAACCUCAACGGAUCCAACGGCGCAGGUGAUUGCCUGACACAUCUCUCCGAGAACCGAAACCACUUGCCUCCCUUAAAGGUAGUGCAAGAGUCGCCCCUGGCGACACCCCAAGACUCGCCUUUGGCUACUCCUCAGCAAGCACCGACAGCCAAUGGGGAAACUCAAACUGCCACUGUUCUUCCUGCUCUUCACUACAAGAGCACGACGGAAGACCCAAACAGUCCUGCACCCAACAAGAAUACUGUUGUAAAGCCGAAAGCAAUAGCUGCAACUCCAGAGCAGGUUAUGAAAGUGUAUAGGAGCAAACUGAUGCCUUACGAGCAGUAUGAGAUUUAUAACUACCCCGAAAUUUUCUUCAUUGGAGCUAACGCCGAGAAAGUUGUUGGGAUUCCUGGAGCUCCCAACAAUUAUGGGUAUGACAAUGAACAAGGCUCGUAUAUACAUGUGCCUCAUGAUCAUGUUGCCUACAGGUACGAAGUCCUGAAAGUCAUUGGCAAGGGCAGUUUUGGUCAAGUUGUUAAGGCCUACGACCACAAAACUCAUGAACAUGUUGCCCUAAAAAUGGUUCGCAAUGAGAAGCGAUUCCACCGCCAAGCACAAGAAGAAGUAAGGAUUCUGGAAGACUUGCGGAAACAGGAUGUCAACAAUACAAUGAAUAUUAUUCAUAUGUUUGAUCAUUUCACAUUCCGAAAUCACAUGUGCAUAACAUUUGAAUUGCUCUCUAUAAACUUGUAUGAACUAAUCAAGAAGAAUAAGUUUCAAGGCUUCAGUUUACAGCUAGUUCGGAAGUUUUGUUAUUGCUUGCUGCAAUGUCUAGAUGCUCUAUAUCAAAAUAAAAUAAUUCAUUGUGAUAUGAAACCAGAAAAUAUCUUGUUAAAGCAACAGAGUCGCAGUGGGAUAAAGGUGAUAGAUUUUGGCUCAAGUUGUUAUGAGCCUCAACGGAUGUAUACCUAUAUACAGUCCCGUUUCUACCGGGCCCCUGAGGUCAUACUGGGGGCUCGCUAUGGGAUGCCUAUUGACAUGUGGAGUCUGGGCUGUAUCCUGGCAGAACUUCUCACCGGUAGUCCCUUGUUGCCUGGAGAAGAUGAAGGGGAUCAACUGGCCUGCAUAAUGGAGUUACGAGGUAUGCCCCCAGGAACGUUAGUUGAUGCAGGAAAGUACUCUAAAACCUUUUUCAGCUCUAAGGGCUACCCACGCUAUUGCCCUGUGACUUUACACACUGAUGGGACUGCAGUGUGUGGAAGUGGCAUGUCACGGAGAGGAAAACCAAGAGGACCUCCUGGCUCCAAACAACUAUAUGUUGCUCUCAAAGGUCGAGGGGAUCAUCAGUUCAUGGAUUUCCUCAGACGUUGUCUGGAGUGGGAUCCUGAACAAAGAAUGACGCCUUACAGUGCUCUGAGACAUGUUUGGCUUCGCCGCCGGUUACCAAGAGCUCCUGAUGAAAAAACUGAAUGUCAACCCUUACGCACUUCAGCCUCUUCAUCUAGAAACUCAAGCAAAACAAACCCUUUAGGAAGUAGUUGCUUAUCAACCAACAAGUUGACCAACCAACAAGCUGAGGACAGGGAGCGGGACCGCUCAAGCACAAUGCAUUCCCGUCAUUCUCACCAGUCACAUCAAUCGACAAAGUUGCCACAAAUUCCCAACAGCUCGUUUUCAUAACGAUAUGUGAUCUCGGGGAGGAGGAGUGCUGCUCCUUAUUAGGCCUGUUUGUAUGAUAUUUAUAGCUAUCAUGUUUUUAAGAAAGAUUUUAAACUUAAGAUCUGCGAUCUCAGAAACAAGUUUCUAGUGUGCCUGUGCAGGCUUUUAAACAGUACUAGUGAGCUUGUUUAUCUAUUUAAAGUAUAUGCUAAAGUGAUCAGUGACUCAAGCUAAAUGGUUGAUCUUGCCCAUAAUAGUUUUAAGUAUUUUUUAUCAAUUGGAAAUGGAGAGCUUGCCUUAUGUGCAAGCAUACUUGUGAACAAUGCUGCAACACUUCAUUCAUUAUGUAUAACUAGCAAGUUCAAUUAGUCCACUGCAGUAGUCUGGCAUUUUGAUUCUGUUUAAUUGAAAGUAUGGUUAUGCUUUAUUGUUUUCUGUUUUAAUUGUGGAUCUUUAUAAUUGCUAAAUUUUCUGGUAUCUUAUUUAAACGCAACAUUUUAUGAGAAGUUUUAAAUUGAUGAUUACCAUUGAGCCUGUAAAUGACACUAUUUGCAAUACUUAGCAAAUAAUCAAAUGUGAUAAUGACCAACUUGCAUGUAUCCUCUUUUUCUUACAUGCUUAUGUUUGUUUUGUUUUAUGUGUUUUCACUGCCGUUUGUCUCUUGUAUAAAGCACAUUACUGAAUUUAAUUUUGUAUGAUCAGAACAUUAAUCAGAAGUCAAAUUGAAACUUUUUAAAAAUUUUAAGUCACCAGGUGCUCCUGCUUUACAAAUUUCUUUUAUCUCUUUUGUAAUCUUGUUCUUUGCAUAAUUACUGUAUAAUAAUUUUUUUUUAAUGUUCCUAAUUGAAAAUGGUAUUGUAUGUGGGGUGUUUUCAUUUCACAUUCAUUUGAAUUUUAGGCUGAGGACAUUGCUUACUUUACACAUGCUGAAUAUGGACAGAACCUACAUGUUCUCAUUUAUACCUACUUACACUUUUAGCUCAGGCAAAAUUUAAAAUUAUCUCUGUACACUUUGGAAUUGGGUUUUCUGAUCAUUAUAAGAUUCUAUGAUUGCAAUGGAACUUCAACUCUGAAUCUGCAUUUCUAGCUUGUGUGUGUUGAUCUACAGUCUGUUUAAGUUCUGUUAAUCAUUUGAUUGUUUCCUACUUAAUAUUUUUAUCAUAACAUAUCCUCAAAGACUUCAAGAGUUUUCAGAUUAUGAGUUGUAAGUUCACUUUUUUUCCUCCUUACCUCAAUUUUGCCUGUGUGUGUUGAAUGUUCUGGAAUAUUUGUACUGGCUACCUUUCUUGAUUCCUGUUAACAAUACUUAAGAGUAUCAAUUAGUAUCUAAAUUACACUAGUAUUUUCAUUGUAUGACAUCUGUACCUCCUAUUAGUGUUGAAUAAUGCUUGCUCUCUUCGUGAUUCAGCUUACAAUUUUAUACCUUGGUAUGUUUUUUUUUUCCUAUUUUGUUCAGACUUUGUUUUGAGUCUUGCUGUUCAUUGUUGCUGAGGCUAAAGACAACUUGAAGGUCUUAAUUGACCUGAAGGCUCAAUCUUACGUUUCUGUUGUUUAUAUUUCUUUGUUCAUAAAUGCACAAAGAAAAUAAUGAACACUCGUGAUUCAGACCUAGUCUUUUGUUUCAAGACUUAAUGUUCUGUUUCUGGACUGUAAGCAUUGCUUCCUAUAUUAAACAUGUGAUUAUGAGUGUUUUCUGUCUGCUGCUCUUCUAUCUAUUCUUGAUUGAAGAGUGCUUAUUUGAAUCUUCUGUUGUCCUAGGAAAGUAGUUAAAAAAAAUUAGCUGUGCAUAGUCUGAUUACUUUUGGUCUGAUUGAGGUAUUUCACGAUCCUGUUUGAUGAAAUAGAAGGGAGAAAAGUUCCUAUUUACACUUUCUCUUUCUUAUUAUAAUUUGAUUUUAAUUUUAAUUUUUGUUAUAAAAAAAAUUAGAAGAUAUUAUUUGGUAAAUGGCUGCCUAACAAUUGAUAAACACUUCGCAACAUGUUUCAUAUGUAAUACGAACUGAUAGUCAAUGGUUAGAAUUUAGUUCCAUGACACUGAAAAAGAAGUGCAGUUGAUAUCAAUUCAUGUCUUUCCCCUUGGCACUUGUGUAAAGAGCUAUUAUUUAACAGUGUGAUUUUGUCAAUUGAAAGUGUAUUUUUAAUAAGUGUUGGCCAUACCUCUACCAUUAUUUUAAUGGAGUUUUACCCACUGCUGUUCAGUUUAAUUUUGAUUUGUUCAUCUAUUUACUGAGCAGCGAUGUCACUGGUAAGCUAGCAAGGUGCUUAAUUGGGGCCAAACUAUAGUAUCCUCCAUUUUGUUCAUAUUGGGCAUUGUAGUUGGUUCUGAAUUUGUAGUCAGAUCUUUGGAGUUUUUCUGGCAAGAAAGUUAAUGCAGCUAACUCAUUAUCAAAUACCUUAUAUAGGGGAAAACAUAUCUUUAACACAGAAACUUUUUACAUUGUAAAUGGGUUGCUGUUAAACAAUGUUCUGAAGAUGCAACAUUUUGUUUUAAAGAAGUUGUUGCUCUAUUCUGCAUGGGUUAUCAGUUCCAGCACGUGCUCAGAUCUUGUCUUUGUUACUGUUUGCAAUAGAGAAAUGGUUUGUAUAGUUAGUAAAUCUAUGCAUUCUGCUGUGUUGUGAUAUCCCCUUAUAAUUUGUUCAAACUAUUUGAGGUGUAGAUCCUGUUGGCUUUCUGUGUAUUUGAUCAUGUUGGUAGAAUAUAGUUAAAAAUUAGCAGCAGUUGUUUUCUUUAAGUUAAGGUUUUUACCUAGGUUUUUUGUUUUCGUACGCUGAUAGUUUUGAUAUAAAUGCCAUUGCUUACGAAAUUCAGCUUUCAGGCCAGUGUGUAGACAUUGCAGUAUGUGAGGUAGACCAAGGAAACAUGAAUACACUUUUGUUUCUUAAUUGUGCAAUCACCGUGACUGUUGAUCCGUCCAUGUAGUUAUAGGCUUUCCAAAUUUAAAUACACAUCAUCUGUCAAUAGCUACAGCAUAUGCCUAUUCAUUUGUGCUGCUUCAUAAAAAGAUGAGAUGGAUCCCAGCUGUUGACAAGUGGAAAGACAAAAAAAGGUGUUCCUGUCCCACUGUCAUAAUUUCCCGUACGCAUGUACACAGCUCACUUGCAGAAUUUAUUGUUGGAACUAAUAAGGUGCUAUAGUAAUGAACUCUUGUGAAGGAAAAUUUCUUUUUUACAAAAGUCAAAUAAAGUGGAAACUACAAUUUUCUGCUGUGCUUUAUCAAUGUCUAACUGAACACAGUGCAUUUUGUGAUCUAACCGUUCUUUAUCUUUUCAAAUUCAUUAUUGUAUACUUAUUAAUUAAAUCAUAAAUGUUUCUUUGUUACUUUGUGGUGCAUUUAAAGGUAAAAUCUCUAGUGCAUCUUGGCAUUUUCAUGUAUAACAGGUGUGAUGUUAGAUCUAGGUAGACUGUGAUUUGUAUCAUAAUAUUUUCAGUGCUUAUGUGAGAACUAUAAACAUAUGAAUGGUAUGAGAAGUUUCUUUACAAUUUUUUACUAUGCAUAAAAAUGUAGUUGGUUUACCAUUGUUUUUACAAGCUUUGCUUUUCCGGUUUCUGACGAUCAUAUGAGCUUAUUUUGUUUGACCUCCCUCCACCAUUUAAUUAUUCGCUUCACGGAAUCUGACUAAGCAUUAAUAAUGAUGCAUCAUGUUUGACAGGCUUUUCUAAUUUUUAGUGCCUUUAAUUUUCUAUUGUAGUGCUGAUUUUUUUAGGACCUUUUGUAGAGCAAUAUCUUUAAUAAACUAUGUACUUCAUUAUCUUGACACAUUUUCUCCCUUGGGGAAGUACUACUUAGAUAACUUUGUGCAUGAACUUCUGGAACAUUAAUUUUACUCAUUCAAAAUUAUCAUCUGUAUAGCUUUAUGUAUUCUAUAUGUGUAAUGUAUCUGUCAUAGAUAAAUCGUAAUGCUGCCUUUUCAACUGUGACAAGUUUGUGCAUCAUCACUCACAUUUUUUUAUGAAAGUGUGUUGGAUAAACCAAAAGGAGGGAAAGAAGUUUUAUAUUAUGAUCAGGAAAAUGACGUUGUGUAAAAUCUCUGAGGAGAUGCUCAAGUAGAUUGUGAUCAUUAGAAUGUAACUUGUUCUUCUCCUCUAUCCUGAGCUUAGUUAGAUGUCAUCUAUAUAUCAUCCUAUCCACUUUGGUAAACUUCCAACUAUUUUACUUCAAUCUUACUUCCUACCAUAUUAUUAUUUGCACCUACAAUUGUUCAGGAUGUAAUUUCCAUUGUUUCGCAUUUCAUUCUGUGGGUAGAAAAAGACUGAUAACUUAUUAUUCAUUUUUUUAAAAGUACCGCUCAUGAAUUUAAAGGCACUCUCUGGUUCCUCUUAUGUCUAAACGAUACAGGCCUCAUGAAAUUAAAUGCUUGUUGUGCAAGCACAAUGUAAUCUGUGUUUGCAUUGACACUAGAUAAAAAGGAGCUAAUAAAUUUGAGUCUUUUAUGAAAAUAUUUGUGACAUGUGACAAUUGUCAUAUAUUUUAAGAUUGGUUAAUUAAUCGUCAUUAUUCAUAGUCAUGACCAGAAGUUCAGAUGAUUGUGUUUAAGCUGAAAUGUACACCAUUUCUCAUUCUUAAUGUUUUUCUAGCAAAACUGAAAUUGAACUGAUCUUUCCUCUGAUAUGUGUACAUAUUACUUUUAUAAAGCGCAUAAUGAUUAGGUACUAAGCUGUUGUGUGUUUUUAAUGGUAUUUCUGUGAAAUGGUUUAUUCUAUAGCACUGUGAUUAUUGGGAAGCUUUUACUUUGUUUUUAAAUUGUGAAUUAUAGCUUUCUAUAGCAUAGUGUUAUCAUUGUUUGUGCAUAGAUUACAGUAUCCUUAAAAGAAAUAAAGUGAAAAUGACUCAAA